AUGGACGGCGCCACCCCAUCCAAGAAGCCCCGGACGGCGGCCUCCAGCGCCGGGUCGCCGUGGAAGGUGACGAAGUCGGCGGCCGCGGUCCCCUCCUCGGCCUGCCAGUUCGCGACGCCGGAGAAGAUGAAGAGGGCGGCGCCGGCCGCCGCGGCGGAUCUGGUGACGCCGGAGAAGACGGAGCCGCGGCCGCUGCUGCGGAGGGGCCGCAGCGGCGGCGCCGUCGCGCUGUCCGUCAAGGAGGUCCGCCGGGCGGCGCUCGAGCUGCAGCGCCCGGGCAGGGGCCCCGCGGCGGGGGUCGAUGCCGGGGAGGAGGACGCGCUCGAGUCCGUCGCGCGGGAGCUCGGCGUGGGCGCCGGCGCCGGCCGCAGCCCCGUCAAGCGCAGGCCCGAGGUCAAGCUGCCGGAGAGCUAUGAGAUUCUCUGCGAGUUCUUCAACUGCUUCGAGAGCUCCACCCGGCUCCUCCGCAUGAAGGGAUCCAAGGCGACAUUCCCCAACAUCUGCGCUAGCAUUCAGAACUUGGCUGAGAGGAGGUUUACCUAUGGCCAUCUCGCACAGCUCAAGUACAUUAUGCCUGAGGCUAUUGUCAUCAACAAGAUCCUUUUGCGCGACGACAAGACUUGCUGCAUGAAGCCAGAUCUUCAGGUGAACCUAUUGGUUGAUUCAGUUGAGGACAGUGUGAUGCAGAAGGGGGAAACCCGCUACUCUGCUUUGAGAAGGAUGUUCAGGCAGAGGCUUGUGGACUUCUUCAGGAAACAUCCUGAGGGAGAUGACAUCCCGGAGCAUGAGCUGCCGUAUCCAUUUACUCAAACAAAAUCAAGUGUGGCUCAGAGCACACCAAGAGUUGUUACUGAAGUUGUAUUUGCCGCGCCAUCACCAAGCCUGGCUGAACAGCCGGCUGUUGCACUGUCGCACAUGUCCCAGUCUUUCAAGAGAAGGUUCUCACAGAGAUCUUCAACCGGCCCUGCAACUGCCAGCACAACCGGUCUGCCGCCAAAGGCUGAGUCUACUACUCCAUCUCCAUUGGGCAGGAAGUUGAUGCUCAAUUCUACUUCUGGUGGCAUAGAUCAUGAGUCCCAAGUGCAAGAGAAAAGUAGCAAGGAUGUUGCACUCAGGUUUGGUGUUACGGAAGGGACUCCUGCCAAGUUCGCCUCCACACCAGUGAGAUCAAUGGCAGGCACACCGAACCUUGAGACCCCACAGAGGCCAAUAUCUGCUACUGUGUGUGACACACCACCUCUAAAAACGGUCAAGCGAUCAGCUAGAGCGAAGUUGUUCAUGACACCUACAAAGGAUGCAAGCAAAAUGGAAGAAGAGAACCAAAGCAUGAGCAGCACAUCUCCAAGUGAUGGCGAUGAUGAGCUGCUCGGUUUCCUUCCAAAGUCCCUCUUGCAGUCGGUAAAGGAGAAGGAGAAGAGAACUUUAGAGGAGAAGGAAACAGGCUAUGCAGACCAGGUUCAGCGGCAGAAGCUCAUAUCAUGUCUGCCAAGCACCUUUGACAUUAUCUUCCUUAUCUAUCAGUCGAGGCAGCGAACUGUACUGACAAAGCAGGAGCUCAUCCACAAGAUAAUCGAAAGUAACCCGAAGAUUGUUGACAAGGGUGAAGUCGAAGAGCAAGUGAGACUGCUUCUAGAGUUUGUCCCAGAGUGGAUCUCUGAGAAGACUGCAAGAAAUGGAGAUGUUCUCUGCUGCAUCAAUACGGCACUGAGCCAGUUUGAGGUUCGACAAAGGUUGUCCGGCGUCGAGUAG